AUGGUUGAUACGACCAACGAGUUGAUCACGAAUUUUCAAGACUUGGAGGUUGACCCAUUCGACGCAGUCAUGAUAUUCAUUCUACAGAACAAGCUUGAUCCAGAAUCCAGAGCAGAAUGGCAACGGAAAAUUGGCGCGACAGCGGACGUACCUAAGUUAGAGGCAUUCCUAGAAUUCCUAGAAACCCAGUGCCACAUCAUUGAAGAAGUUAACAGGUGCUCCUCCUUUAAGAAGUCCAAGAAAGUGGGGAUCCAUACUGUUACCCAUAACGAAUACGAAAAGUGCACAUUGUGUAAAUCAGACCACAGUCUAUACAAGUGCCCGACGUUCCAAGGCUACACUAUAGACAAGCGAAGAGAAGUUGCUAAAGCAAGCAACUUGUGCUUCAACUGCAUGCGUGCGCAUCGAGUGUACGAAUGCACAUCAAAGGCAGCGUGUAAAACUUGCGGAAAGAAACACCAUUCUAUGCUGCAUCCUAUGACUACGGACAAGUCUGAAGCUCCGAAAAAGUCAAACCCGAAGCAUUCUGACCAGUCUCAGAGCAAUCUCGUGAAUCAGGAAAACAUGUGGACGGUGCUAUUGGCAACCGCAAUAAUUGAGCUGCGCAAUGUCAACGGCGACUUCAUCAAACUGCGUGCGCUAAUAGACCAAGGCUCCCAGAAUUCUUUCAUUACGGAAUACGCUGCAAAUUUAUUGGGGUUGAAACGAGAGCGUGCCUCAGUGAUCAUAUCCGGAAUUGGAAGCGCAACCAGGAAAUGUAGAGGACAAGUACCAAUAACCAUGAAGGAAAAAUGGUCAAAUGGUGAAAUAAGUACCAUCGCAUUAAUCAUUGAUACUAUCACGAAACCUCUUCCUUCUGCGACGAUAAGCAAUGAUGGUCACAUUGGGUUGACCCCCGCAGACCUAGCUGAUCCAGAUUACAGAACUAAGGGCAGAAUCGAUGUUCUCCUUGGAGCAGACAUAUACGGGGAUAUUCUAUUGGACGGAAUUAUUCACGGAACCCCAACAGCCUAA